UAUGAUCAAUUCAUUAUGCCUCUGUUCUAGAAUGUAAAAGUUCUGAUGUGCAUACAACAGGAUCAUACCUCUGCAUCGUCAUAAACAUUCAUUCAUUUACUGUGACACAUGACGACAGGCUAGGGAAACUAAUAAACUUGUUGGUUAAAAUAUUCGCAUAAUAUUUUUUUCAUCAGUGAAACAUGUUCGCGCAGGGCAAGCUUCUUCUGCUGGGCUGCAUGUGUUUGAUGCUCGUGGUUUUUCCACUCUGGACGAUAGAUGCAUGGCGGCUCUCUUGGCCAGCAUUCAUAGUGUGGGUGUGUGCUCUCAUCUGCAUGUCUACGAUAACAUUUAUACUGUUACAUGUCUCCUUCUUGAUUGCACCAAAAUAUGAUGACGCCAAGCUCCUAAUAUGUCGGUAUUUAUUCAUGAACAUUAUGGAAUGGGUUGGGGCUUUCUACCAGAAACGGCAAGAAUUUGACUCGAUCCAUUGCAUGGAGACGCAACAAAGGUUUCUCAUGAAGACAUUGUCGGAGAUGGCGAAGACUGCUUACGGAAGAGACCACGGAUUCGCUAAGAUGACUUCAGUGUCUGACUUCAGGACCAGUCAUCCGCUGACGACAUACGCGCAUUAUCGGCCGUAUGUGGAGCGCGUCGCACAAGGAGAGGAAAACGUUGUUCUCCCAGGAAAGCCUUCAAGGAUAGCUUUGACAUCAGGAACAACAGGACGUCGGAAGCUUAUCAUCGCUUCCAAGAAACGCCAAUCUGUCUUUCUCUUCAAACUGGGCACCGUAGUAUCUCGUGUGCUCCGAAAGCGGUACGAUCCUGGGCAGUCGCUGCUGCAAACGGUGUGUCUACUCUACGUUCACACCGAACCGAAGAUGUCUGAAGGUGGGAUUCCAAUGGGCCCUAUCUCGAUGAUUCAGAUCCCAGAUCUACUCUUUCGGAUCACCUUCAGCACACCGCCAGCCGGAAUGCGACUGACCAAUGAACGACAUGCUAUGUACGUUCAUCUCCUUUUCGGACUCAGAGAUCCGACCCUCAAGUACAUCAGCGCAUUCUUUGCCCCGACCACGUACUCGUUCUUUUCCCUGCUCGAGGAUGAAUGGCGAGAUCUCGUUGACGAUAUCGACCAAGGAAAGAUAAAUGUCCACCUCGACAUCGAUGCUGAUGUUAGAGCUGCUCUGGAAUCAGAGUUGGUGCCAGAUCCUGAAAGAGCGGCUGAACUAACCAAGGAGUUUCAGAAGGGUUUUGUCGGUAUUGCAAGACGGAUAUGGCCGCGGAUGAGGUACAUGCUUGGGAUAUCAUCUGGGGCAUCUGUGGUCUACGCAAAGCGUUUACAGGCUACGUAUACCAAAGGGAUUCCACUCAUUUCGUCUACCUACAACGCAUCGGAAGGUACGAUUGGCACACUUUACGGAGAAGAUCAUCAGUACAUUGUAGUCCCUGGUGAUCUGUUUUACGAGUUUAUCCCGAUCGAACAUAGUGAAGAAGACCAACCCGAUACACUCUUGGCAGACGAAGUCAAAGAAGGCCAGACAUAUGAACUCGCCAUCACGAACAUGGAUGGUCUUUAUCGAUAUCGCCUUGGUGACGUCAUCAAAGUGACGAAGUUCCACAACAGUGCUCCAAUCCUGGAUUUCCAGUACAGAUCUGGUGAACUUCUGAAUUUGAAAGGAGAAAAGACAACGGAAGUGAACCUGAGGUCAGCCAUCGUAGAUUCACUAGCAGCUUCCGGGAAGGUCCUUGUUGACUACUCCUGUGUUGAAAGUGUGCUUUACGAAGAUGCACUAGGUCACACUGAUCUGAGAAACAGGGUCUAUUAUGUUAUAUUUGCUGAAGUGGAUGAAGACGAGGGCACAAGCGAGCUGAACGUUGACGAGCUAACAUCACAAGUCGAUACUCAACUACAGGCGGAUGCAGCAGGCUACGCCCAUCAACGAAAACGAGAUGCGAUUGGUCGGCUGAAGUUGGUCAUCGUCCAACCAGGAUCCUUCCAGUCUCUUCGCGCUCAUAUAUUGGCAAACACCGCCUGUGCAUCCGCGACACAAAUGAAGAUUCCCAAGAAAUUACUCAAGGCAGAAUGGAUACAGCUACUGGUGAAUAGAAAUAUUGAAAACGACUAACGUCCAAAAUGGUCCAGACGGCUGUUUAUGGGGACUGUAGCAACAAUACCCCUCCUAUCAAUGUCAAGACAAACACUUUUCGUUUCUUGCUCAGCGCAUGCGACAUGAUUGUGCGAGUGCUCUCCCUCUUUUUUCUUUUCCUCUUCUGAGGUACUUUAUUUUAUAAUAUCAAAAUAACAAUAUAAUCGCAUGUACAAAAAAAUAAUCAACCGGUGAAAAAUAAAAAAGUGGUUACAUACAGAUGCAGAAAGAGUAAGAAUAUCUAGAACACAAACAUAUCGAGUUCUUCUAUCUUCUUUUUUUUUUAUUUCCACUCAACAUAAUACUUGAAAUCAUUUUUAAAUACCUUCCAAACUUCUAAAGUAAUUUAACAUAAUUAUAUACCUUGUAACCUGCAUAUUGUGAAUAAAGUCAUAUGUAAAUCAAAUUCACUUUAGACUCACAGAUGUAAAAACCAAUUAAAAAAAAAUCUUCUAAAUAAAUGUUUUUUUGAAACCAAUCUAAUAUUAAUUUAUGAACCAGAAAUUUAUGAACCAGAAACCAGCUGCUUUCCUAAUACAUUUUUAGAAAUAAAUUUUCUAGUAUUGAAUACAUGAAUACAUCCCAUAUGGCAUGUCUGAUGAUUCCAUACGUCAUCCAAUCAAUCGUAACUCUAUGGAAAUCCAUCCGUGUCAUAUUUUUUCUCUAGAAAAUUUGCAAAAUGUCCUUUG